UAUCAGACCGGGGGCUCGGCGAGCGGCCGCGGGGGAGUCUCGGGCGCAGCGGAGCGCUGCAGUGCCUUGAGGCAACCAGGAGCUCCCGGAUGGCAGGGGUCGUCUGACCCCUCUGUGCCCUGCCCAGCCCACCACUCCCACUCUGUCCUCCCACCUCCAGCCAUGGCAGCCCUCCUCACCCUGUUCCUGGCAGCCCUGGUGGGCCUCCCUCUAGCCCAGGCUCUGGACUGCCACGUGUGCGCCUACAAUGGAGAGAACUGCUUCAACCCCAUGCGUUGCCCAGCCAUGGUCACCUACUGCAUGACCACGCGCACUUACUACACCCCGACCAGGAUGAAGGUCAGCAAGUCCUGUGUGCCCAGCUGCUUUGAGACAGUGUAUGACGGUUAUUCCAAACACGCCUCCACCACUGCCUGCUGCCAGUACGACCUCUGUAACAGCGCCGGCCUUGCCGUGCCUGGGGCCCUGGCCCUGGCACCCAUUCUCCUGGCUACCCUCUGGGGUCUGCUCUAAACCCCGCCCCCCAGGACCCACUCCAGGACAAGGUCCUGAGAGGCUCAGCCUUUCCCUUUCACCCCGCACACCCCACCCACCUGCUGCACCCCACCCCUACCCAGCUACACCCAGCACUGCCUGCUAGAGGGACUCCCUUGCCUGCCUGCCACCCUGGGCUUCGCUGGGCCUCGCUCCCAGACCACGACCUUCUGUUCUUGAAAGGUCGAUGUGGGCCCAGCCCUCCCAGAGGAGCCUGGCAAAGUGUGCUGCUUAGCUAGGGUCCUCUGCUGGCUGAGGAACACUGAUCUGAAGGGAGACUUGGCUCGCCUUCCUGGCAGCUCUGGGAGCAAGGCCCCACCCCAGUCCACCCAGGAAGUGUGGGGAGCCGUGAGGGGAAAUUGGGGACCCAGGAUGGGUGAGGGACCAUCCUGGGAAGAAGGGGUUUCUGGGGCACCAGGAGGGCUAUCUCUGUGCCUCUGACUGAGGCCAGGAGCUGCCCCGGGGGAGCUGUGGCAUAGAGGCCCGAGGGAGGCAGGGCUUUAUCUCUAUCUGCUGUCCCAGGUAGGAGUGCCAGGAACAUCCUGGCAGCCCUUGGCUGGGGGUUGGGGGUGAUCUCAACCUAAAGAGAACCCUGAGCGCCUCCCUCGCCCCCAGAAACCUGGUAAGGGAGUCUUCCCCUUUUUACUUUUCCCCUUCCCCACCCUGGCCUGAGGCUGGCAGGCACUUGGGGGAGGGGCAGGCGGGCAGCUAUAUUUGGUGAAGCCCAGAGCUGACCCCAGGACUAUUUUCGGCAGGGAGGAAAGCAAGCUGGGGGG